AAAGAAGCAAUUGAAUUUAAAAAAAGAAAAAAAAGUGAAAAAGCAAAACGAAAUGAACCGCAAGGAAAAGAAAUGGCCCUCGACAGCACAGAAAUGGAAGGAAGUGAAUAGGCCAUCUCCUCUAAAUUUAUGCAGGUCAGACCAGGUCAGCAUAUUUGAUUUAGAUCAUCAUGGGCAACGGCAGCUUCCAAAAUAGAAGGACCCUCAAACAAGUGUCCGUAUUUCACGGUUAGAAAUUCAUGACUCCUCCCAAAACCAUUAACCUAUCUUCCAAGCUGUAUGACGCCGGAGGUGAAAACGAUUUGAGUUCUUUUGUCUGAAAAGCCUCCGAAAUUUGAAGGCGGUGUUCUCGUGCUUGAUAGAGUAACGCCGCAUUAUUUCGACGGAAACUCUCGGCACAGGUUAGGAUCGAGCAAUGGGGUUCAGCGGGACGCAGGAUAAAUGCAAGGCUUGCGAUAAGACCGUGCAUCUCAUUGAGUUGGUAUCCGCCGAUGGAGUCCCUUACCACAAGACCUGCUUCAAAUGCAGUCACUGCAAUGGCAAAUUAGUGAUAAGCAGUUUCUCUUCAAUGGAUGGGGCCUUGUACUGCAAGCCUCAUUUCGAGCAGCUCUUCAAGGAGACAGGAAGCUACAGCAAGAAAUUCCAUCAAUUGGGAAAGUCCUCUAAUCAGCAACAGAAUCUGCUGUCUAGGACUCCUAGCAAGCUUUCGCAUAGGUUCUCCGGCACCCAAGACAAAUGCGCAUUGUGCCUGAAGACCGCUUAUCCGAUCGAAAAGCUGACGGUGGAGGGAGAGUCAUACCACAAGUCCUGCUUCAGGUGCUCUCAUGGAGGCUGCUUCUUGACCCCAUCCACCUAUGCUGCUCUGGAUGAUCUGUACUGCAAGCCCCACUUUUCUCAGCUCUUCAAGGAGAAGGGCAGCUACAACCACCUCAACAAGAUCGCCUCCAUGAAGAGGGACGCGGCAUUGCCGCUCGCCCAGCCGAAGGAGCAAGCCGGCGCGCCCAAUCAAGGGCCGCCGAAGGCGCCAGAGUCGGGACCCGAGGACAAGCCUAAGUCGGAACAGAAACAGUAGCCUUCGCCUUGAAAAUGAUGAAGUCAUAGCGAUGGAUGAAUUCAGAGCUUUUUAUGAUGCAUUUGAAUUUGAGCUUAACCUUGUUUUCAUGUUCUUGUAAUCCAAUUUGAGAUCUUUCUACAACCCUUCUCUGACCUCUCCUAUGUCUGCAUUUUUUGCUGUUCAUGAAAAUGCCUGAUGGCCCUUGAUAGAUGUGCAAAAA